UUUUCUUACCCAUGCCUUUCUUUCAAGUUUAGAACAGACUGGUUGCGCUGUCCAGGAAACUGGAUAGAAGCCCUGCCAUAUUGUUGCUAAGGAUGAAUCUCAAAAUAUUUUAGCUGUUGUUCCACUCUAUCUUAAGAGCCACUCCUAUGGUGAAUUUGUUUUCGAUCAUUCCUGGGCUGAUGCCUACUACAGUCUUGGAUCAAGAUACUAUCCGAAACUUCAAUGCUGUGUGCCUUUCACUCCUGUUACCGGUCCAAGGAUCUUAAUCCGCAAUACUUGUUUUAAAGAUCAAGUUUUUGACAUUAUGGUCUCUGCUCUCAAGGAUCUGGCAGCCAAGUCUCAGGUUUCUUCUUUGCACAUUACCUUCCCAUCUGAAAAUGAAUGGCACAAACUCAAGGACAAAGGAUUCCUACAAAGGAUUGGAAUGCAGUACCACUGGAAAAAUCGAAACUAUAAAAAGUAACUGAUUAGUAAAAACUUUUUUUCAUGGUCUCAGCUUCAUGUUUGUCAGUGAUAUUAUGAACAUUUGAAAAGGAAAGCUAAACUAUUUUAUAUUCUUUUUGAUAUUCAAAAACUCAACACCAGACAUUUGAAAUGGAAAAGAGGCCAUUGUUUAUAGGAAUAGGAAAGAGUAUGU